CUACCUAAACUUAGUUUCUCCACUUUUGAGUUGAAGUUGAAAGACUGUCAGCAGCCGUUUUGUUCAGCAGCAUGGCGGCACCUCUCACUGACCAGGAGAAGCGUAAACAGAUCAGUAUCAGAGGAAUUGUCGGGGUGGAGAACGUCGCCGAGUUGAAGAAAGGUUUUAACCGACAUCUUCAUUUCACUUUGGUCAAAGACAGGAACGUAGCGACGCCGCGGGAUUAUUACUUCGCCCUAGCGCACACGGUUCGAGAUCACCUGGUGGGAAGAUGGAUCAGAACGCAACAGUUCUACUAUGAGACCGAUCCCAAGCGGGUUGUACUACCUGCCCUGGAGUUCUACAUGGGUAGAACCCUCCAGAACACCAAUAACCUGGGGCUGCAGAACGCCUGUGACGAGGCCAUCUACCAGCUGGGUUUGGACAUGGAGGACCUGGAGGAGAUGGAGGAAGAUGCAGGGCUGGGGAACGGAGGCUUGGGCAGACUGGCAGCAUGUUUCCUGGACUCGAUGGCCACCCUGGGUCUGGCAGCAUACGGUUAUGGCAUCCGUUAUGAGUAUGGCAUCUUCAAUCAGAAGAUCAAGAACGGUUGGCAGGUGGAAGAAGCAGACGAUUGGCUGCGUCACGGUAACCCUUGGGAGAAGGCCCGCCCUGAGUACAUGCUACCAGUGCACUUCUAUGGCAGAGUGGAGGAGUCUAAGGAAGGGGCCAAAUGGGUGGACACACAGGUGGUCCUUGCUAUGCCUUAUGACACGCCCAUCCCUGGGUAUAUGAACAACACAGUCAACACCAUGAGGCUGUGGUCUGCCAGAGCCCCCAACGACUUCAACCUGAAGGACUUCAAUGUUGGAGAUUACAUCCAAGCUGUUCUGGACAGGAAUCUGGCGGAGAAUAUUUCUCGUGUGCUUUACCCCAAUGAUAAUGCAUCAGGAAGAACCCAAAAGCACCUUUUGUUCCCCGGACUGUGAUCAUUGGUGGCAAGGCUGCGCCGGGGUACCACAUGGCCAAGAUGAUCAUCAAGCUGAUCACGGCUGUAGGAGAGGUGGUCAACAAAGACCCUGUGGUGGGCAGCAAGCUAAAGGUCAUCUACCUGGAGAACUACAGGGUCUCUCUGGCUGAGAAAGUAAUCCCAGCCACGGACCUGUCUGAGCAGAUCUCCACAGCUGGCACCGAGGCGUCAGGCACCGGCAACAUGAAGUUCAUGCUGAACGGCGCCCUCACCAUCGGCACCAUGGACGGAGCCAACGUAGAGAUGGCAGAGGAGGCUGGAGAGGAGAACAUGUUCAUCUUCGGCAUGAGGGGUGAGGACGUGGCAGAGAUGGACGUAGAGGGCUACGAUGCCAUGACAUAUUAUGAGAAGAUUCCAGAACUGAAGCAAGCCAUUGAUCAGAUCAACAGUGGAUUCUUCAGCCCCAAACAACCAGAGCUCUUCAAAGACGUCACCAACAUGCUCUUCAACCACGACCGCUUCAAGGUGUUUGCAGACUAUGAGGACUACAUAAAGUGCCAGGAGAAAGUCAGCCAACUAUAUCAGAACCCGAGGGAGUGGACCAAGAUGGUGAUCAAGAACAUCGCUGCGUCCGGGAAGUUCUCUAGCGACCGCACCAUCACCGACUACGCCACGGAGGUGUGGGGGGUGGAGCCUACAGAUCUGAAGAUCCCACCCCCCAAUGAGCCACGCGAGGCUCUCGACGAGACGGCCAGGGCGCUGAGGGAGAAGUGAGGCUGCCUGGUGUGGUGUGGCUGGGCUGAAGUUACCCCUAGUGGCUGUUCUUCUCAGUUUAGCAUUGUCCCCKGCACUAAUGGUUAAGGUUAGGAGAUGGGGAKGCUGAUCCUUGAUCUGUACCUAGGGAAAACUUCACCCCAGAUUGCCUGUCGUUAUUUAAAGGGAAAAUCUUUUUAAACAUGUAACUCAAUAAACAGAGCUCUUUAUAUAAAGCAGUUGACUACUUAAAUAACAGUCUGUUACAUACUUUCAGCAUCAACAAACAGUGUUCUAUUUUUCUGACCUCCAUCUUCUAGGUGCUAUACUGUUGCUACCAGAUUCUUACCCUGUCUUUCAGUUGCCAACUGGCUCAUACUGUACUUGAAAGUGAAUUUAUCAACAAACAAACAAAAAGUUUAUUAUGACCCUUCAUUUUCUAAUAAUCUGUAUUGUUACUUAAAAAUAAAUCUAAUCGUCUCUGA